AUGUACAGCAUUGUUCCCGCUAUGCUGCUCGCGGCCACCAGUAUUCCAUCAGCUAUGGCAGCUCAAUGCUCCGCUGUCGGCUAUUGGUCCACCAACUCAGCCGGCGCUGGAAGCGGUGGCACUACCGUUAGCAGUGGCAAGGGCGUCACUCUCUUAGAUCCAGAUGGAAAUGAUAUUGGCGCAUACGACGGUGAUUAUUCGCCCUGCGCUGACCUCCUCACCUGGAGCUCUGACUAUUUGGACGACACUUUUUCCUGGGGUGCCAACUGUGACACGGGCGGUUUCACUGAGUGCCAUGGUGCGUACGGUACUCAAACCCACAUUGACGGCGAGGAACCCACCAGUGGCACCAACUUUUAUGGACUCGGGAUUUCUGUUUCGUCUGGCUGCGUGGUUAAGUUCGAUUGUUAG